UAAAGUGAUUAAACGUACAAGGCCGACGAUAAUAUAAAAUCUAGUUCAACGUUCAAUAGAUUGAAGCAGACAAAUCAAAAUGGAUGCCACUACAGUAACAAUUGACGAAACGUUCGACAAAUACGGCGAUUUAUUUUACAAAAUAUCCCAAGAAAUAUGGAAUAAUCCAGAAUUGCGUUUCGAAGAGGUUAGAGCUCAUCGGUUACUCACCGAUAACCUGGAAAGUUUGGGAUUUACAACGGAGAGAAAUUACAUUCUUCCUACCGGUUUCAAAGCCGAAUUCUCUAAUAAUCCAAAAGGCCCGGUCGUUGCUAUUCUGUGCGAAUACGACGCGCUGCCGAAAAUAGGACACGCCUGCGGACAUAAUUUGAUAGCCGAAGCCGGUUUCGCUGCCGCCGUUGCAGUCAAAGCGGUAUUAGAAGCAGAUUCUUCGAUAGGAGGAAAGGUUGUAGUGUUUGGAACACCUGCGGAAGAAGGCGGAGGUGGUAAAAUCCAUUUCAUCAAAGCCGGAGCAUUCGAUGAUGUGAAUGUGGCAAUGAUGGUGCAUCCGGCGAGAGCUAGUAUAGUUUUUCAACCUUUUAUCGCUUGUGCUCAUAUGACUGCAGUGUUCGAAGGAAAAUCGAGCCACGCUUCCGCAUGUCCAUGGUUAGGGAAGAAUGCCUUGGAUGCUGCGGUUAACACUUACGCAAGUAUAGGGCUUCUGAGGCAACAGAUUAAUCCUGAGUAUAGAGUUGGAGUUAUUAUUAGUAAAGGAGGUGAAGCACCCAACGUUAUUCCAAGCCUGACAGAAAUGAAAUUUGGCAUUAGAACCCCCGUCAUGUCGGAAAUGGACGAAUUAAUUGGAAGAAUCAAAUCUUGUUGUCAAUCCGGAGCCGCAGCCGCUGGCUGCAACGUCACAAUAAACGUGGACGAGGACAUUUAUGAUAGCUUAUUCUCUAACGUACCAUUAGGAAAGCAAUUUAAAAAACACAUCGAUAAAAUUGGAUUAGAGUUCUUCGAGCAUUUAGACAUACCGAACAGAGGCAGUACCGAUAUGGGUAACGUCUCGCAAGUUGUACCAAGUAUCCACCCCAUGUUUAACAUAGGAGAAGCAUCAAAUCACAGCAUAGAAUUUACGAAUCUGGCAGGAACCAAAGAAGCGCAUCUCACUACUUUACAAGUAGCCAAAGCCAUGGCGUUUACAUGUAUCGAUAUCUUUAAAGACAAAGAACUUUUGAAUGAAAUUAAGAAAUAUUUUUCUGAGAAUAAAUAAAUUAAUAAUAAGUUUGAACAACAUUAUGAUGUAAUUUAAAU